AUGCAUCAUAUCUACAACAACGAUCUUACUUUGGUCGCAUCGCCGAAAGGAAAAACUCAAGUCGUCACAAUGGAAGACGAACAACCAAGACAAUCGUUCUGCACAUGGUUUCACAGUUUGAAAGUUCAAAUCUGGAUUGCAUGGCUUGGAGUGUCCGCUGGUAUCAUGGCCGGAACCGUAUUCGCAAUUCAGUAUCAGAAUUGGAUCGCCGUCACCAUGUGCUUUGUCUCAAGUGCUUUCGCCACACUGGUUCUUCAUCUUCAUAUGGCUUAUAAGAAGACUCAAAUGGCUGGAUGGUCGUCGACAAAGUUGAAAUGCAUCGCUGCAGUUGGAGCUACCGUAUGCUUCGUAUCCUUGAUCGCUAUGGUCUACUGCUUAGUCGUUGCUGGAAUCGAACAUCAAACUCUCGACCGCGCCGGACUCAUGGGAGCCAACCUCUGGAUUGCCGCCGUUUGGUUCAUGAUGACCGCUAAAUGGAGUGCUCUCACAUGGAGAUUUGCCAGAAAGUACCGUGCCUACUGCGAUGAAGAAAUCCAGCCGCUGCUUGUCGAUUCACCUCCAGAGUACUCUGUCAUUGUCUAG